AUGCAACAGCAACGCUCUAAACCUCAUAAUGUUCACGCCCCAACUCGCACUCCAUCUGACAAUGUCAGUCAACGCGUCAAUUCUAAUAACCCCAAUAAUAAUACUAACUCCGUCACAAACGCUAAUAGUAAUGGUUCUGUUGUAGAUAACAAAGAUUCUCAACAGCAAAAAGGACUGGAAUGGAUGCUUGGACUUUCCAUUCGAGUGAAAACUUCGACUGAUGACGAGUAUGAGGGUCAGAUUUAUGCCUAUGAUCCAAAGUUAAACUGUGUUGUACUUCAUAUCCUUUCUUUAUUUCUUAUGGAUUUAUGUUUCUUAUCAUUUGCAAUACCUCCAGGAAUAAAUUCUGGUGGUUCCCAAAAAUAUGAUUUCCGAAUUUUAAAAAUUAACUUUCUUAAAGAUGUGACCCAACUUCCUAAUCGUAAAUCUUCUGUUGAUAUCAAUGCGAACAUUAAUUCAUCUACAAAUUCUUUACAAUCAACAAAUGGUCAAAGUAAUAUGAAUAAUGUUUUUUCCACAAUCGUUCCUUCAGUGGGUUAUGUACAAAUGGAUAGGAUUCAGGCAAAGGAAAUACAAUCUAUUAAGGAUACACAAAUUGCGUUGGCAAGGAUUGGUGUGGGUGUGACACAGGAAGCUCAGGACAUUUUUGAUGCAAUGAGCAAAACACUACCAUGUAGAUGGCAUAAAGAAUCAAUCAUAGUUUUAGAUGAGGUGAUUAUCAACCCACCAUACAAUAUAGAAAAUUGUAAAAUGAGUAAUAAAGGACAGACAGAAUUGUUGGCAAGAGUUCAAAAAGUG